AUGAAGUCUGCCAUCCUUUAUCCGUACGGUCCGUUGCGCGCUAAUGGUUGCUGCCGGAUGCUGCACGCCAAACAUUUGGCACUAACGAGCGCCAUCUACACCCUGAACAUUUCCAUCCUUGUGGUGCUGCUGUACUCGUGGCGUAUCAGCGUGAACGUUAAAAAGUAUGGCGACCUGGAGGAUGUGUACUACGGGGUACAGAUAGCUUACUUCGCCAUCAUCGGUACGCAAUGUUCGAUGAUCCUGCUCAGUGUGGUGCUUAUUUUCGGAAUCUAUCGGGAAAACAUCGGCCUGGUCGUACCGUGGAUAAUCGGAUUUAUCACCUUCAUGGCGCUGGAAGCGGUCGCAAUGGUCUACUCGAACGUACUGCGGGACCAUGUGAACCGGCAGUUCGAUUCGCUCUGCAAGGCAGAGGUCGCAUUCUUCAUAUCGCGAGCUAUCAUCAAUAUUAUGGCCAUGUGGGCAGUGACACGCUUCUACAACCUGUUGCGUGCGGGCGUUACCUGGAAAGGGCCGGAGCUGAUCGAACUAUGACACAACUCGAACGAGACGGAAAAGACGCUAGCGUCCUUCCGCGAAGAGACACACCUGAUCGUGCGCAUACCGU